AUGACACCUGUGUAUGGGGGAGGUCAUUUAAGUGUUUCUAUUCUAUUAUACAUUUUUUUUCUUUUUUUAAAAAAAAAAAAAACCUCUAGAUUCGAUCCAUAUGGAAAGAAUAAGUUCUCCACUUGCAGAAUUUGUAAAAGUUCUGUGCACCAACCGGGUUCUCAUUACUGCCAGGGCUGUGCCUACAAAAAGGGCAUCUGUGCAAUGUGUGGAAAAAAGGUUUUGGAUACCAAAAACUACAAGCAAACAUCUGUGUAGAUGUGUUGAUGACAUUUCUGGCUUUCUACAUGAUUUUACUUUUUGCUUUGAAUUUUCAAGGCAUAACAUAGGUGUUCAAGUUCCAAAAUAACACGUUUUAAGACAAUAUUAAACCGAGAAAGUUGAUUGGUAUGCAUUUUUUGCUCUUAAGAAGUUCUAAACAACAACGUAACUAGUUUCCUGCCUUAGUUCUUUCCCUCACAAGCAUCUUAUUGAACUAGAAUAAGUGGCAAAUUUAAUGAGAAAUAUUUUCCCAUUUCUGUAGAUGCUUUUUAUUUAUCAUUAUUCAUGUAAUUCUUAUCCUCACUCUCUACUUUAUUGAUAUCGCAAAAGUGAGAAGGAGAUUAUUGAUUGAUAUUUUGCUCUGAACUUUGCAUCAGACUUAUAACUCUUCCUUCAUUCCCUUGUUGGUGGCAUAGUUCUUAGAAUCAGCAGUCUCUUCAUUAACUGUAGGUUCACAGGGCAUUGAAAUAUCCAAGACCAUUAAACCUGAAUAGUUCCUUAGUCAUUAGCCCAGACCCAAAUCACAAGUUGUAUUUAUGAUACUUUUUAUUUGUUCUUGAAGCCGAAGUGCCAAUACCAUUUAUGUGAGAAUGAGAACACAAGGGUCAACCCGUGUGUGUCCAAGUGAAUACACUGGAUUUCAGAAAACUACAUUUUAUGCACAUUACCUUGAAUUCAAACUGUCAUGAAAGCCAAGAAAACAUGUCAUCCAUGGGAAUGUGUAAUGAAUGAGUUACUACUCUUUAGGAAAGCUCCUUGAAGCAAAAACCAAACUUUUUUUUACCACCCCUCCCCACCCACCAAAAAUAAAUAGAACAAAACCAACAUUUUGACUCUUCUUUUAUAUAUGACACAGACUGCUAAAAGACAACUUUGAGGUUCAAAUAAAAAUUUUUCUUAUGCUGC